GCGGUGAGCGGGCAGGGAGAGCUUUUUGUGGCUGCAGACGGAGUUUCACCUCCAGUCUGUUCCCAGCAGGAGCUCCAGAGGAGAAAGGACAAAGAAGGAGUUUUAUUUCUUCUCCUUUGUUUCUUCUUUUUAACCUCGGACGUGCAUGAAGUCGGAGGGGAUUUGUUUCAGGUUUUAACCGGGGAUCAGGAUCUGCACACCGGGAGUAAAUUACGCAGCUGUGGAUGAGAAGCAGCUGAGGUUGCAGGGCACCAGGGGAUCCGUGCUCUGCAGCAUCAAUAACACCCACUUCCACGGUGCAGAGCUGCACGCAGCCAGAGGGAAUCCUUCAGAUGCGCAGCAGACACUGAGCACAGGAGGGAUUUUAUUUGUUAUUUUUAUGGGUUUUCUUUGUUUUGAUUCCACCGCCCUGUCGUUGCAAACUUGAGAGUCCGGAAUGGGGAAGGAACAGGAGCUGCUGGAGGCCGCCCGCACCGGGAAUGUGGCCUUGGUGGAGAAACUGUUGAGUGGGAAAAAGGGGAUCCUGGGGUCAGGCUCUGGCUCCAUCCCUCUGCCCAACCUCCUGAGCAUGUGGAAGGGCGUGAACGUGAACUGCACAGACAGCUCAGGAUAUACACCUUUACACCAUGCUUCACUCAACGGACACAGGGAUGUGGUGCUGAAGCUACUCCAGUAUGAAGCAUCCACCAGCCUGGCUGACAGCAAAGGCUGCUUCCCGCUGCAUCUCGCCGCAUGGCGGGGAGACGUGGACAUUGUCCGUAUCCUCAUCCACCACGGCCCUUCACACUGCCUUGUCAACCAGCAGAACCAUGAGAGGGAGACACCGCUCCACUGUGCAGCGCAGUACGGACACACCGAGGUGGUUUCAGUGCUUCUUCAGGAGCUGACCGAUCCAACAAUGAGAAACAAUCGGCAGGAAACCCCUCUGGACCUGGCAGCACUUUAUGGGCGCCUGCAGGUGGUGCAAAUGUUGGUGAAUGCUCACCCAAACCUCAUGACGAGCCACACACGCCUCCACACUCCGCUACACCUGGCUGCACGAAACGGACACCACAGCACCAUCCAGACCCUGCUGGAGGCCGGUAUGGACGUCAACGGUUUGACGGAGAAUGGGAGUGCUCUUCACGAAGCUGCUCUUUUUGGGAAGAUGGAUGUAGUUCGCCUUUUGCUUGACUCAGGGAUAGACACCAGUUUAAGAGACAGUCAGGGGAGGACAGCGCUGGAGAUUCUCAGAGACCACCCAGCACCAAAAUCUCAGCAGAUCACUGCUCUUAUUCAAGAGUACAUGAAGAAUGAGAUGGAGGGACGGAGUAUUUUAGAAGAUCAUGUCCGGAUAUGUCCUGUACCAGCGCCUCGGAUCUCUAUCCCUUCGCCUCCUGCCUCGCCAUCCCUCCACCAUAAAAAUGAUCCUGUGACGAGUGAGCUGUCCAAACUGUUCCAUGACAUCAAAAAGUGCCGAGACAGGGACUAUUCCUUCGAGGAGCUCUGCCACACCAUUUCAUCCCACUCCAUGGACAGCUUUGGGAGCGGACGGCUGUCUGAUGAGGAGCACCCAGACCGACCUAACGGCACCCUAACUAGAGUCAGCAAGCGUCCUUCGCCACCUCCCGCCGUAGCUGUGAUGGAAGAUGAGGCGGAAAAGACAUGCGGCCCAACUGGAUUCUGGGAAGCUCUCACCCCGUGUAACGGCUGCCACAACCUUGGUUUUUCCAGCGGCUCUCAGGAUUUCAAACAUUCAGUAGAGCUGAUCACCUCUCCAUCACUGGAUGUUUUCCUACCUGAAGACGAGGACAACCCGUACGAGUCUGUGACUACCGCCGUCACGCGCAAACCCUGCUCCCUGGAAAUCAACCACCGACUCAACGUCUGCGCCCGUAAUGGUCACUUGUCCCAUGCUGCCGUGAGCGGGGAGGAGCAUGGUAACCAUGACAACUGCUCAACAGGCCCCACACCCGACUGCUCGCCCCCCUCCCCUGACACAGCCCUGAAGAACAUCGAGAGAGUCAUCCGUCCUCAGCCCAAGCAGCGCACAUCCCUGUCUUCCUCUCUGGAUGUCCAAAGGCCAGUCAACCACAGCUGUGAACCCAGUGAGGUGAGCUCUUCCCUUGGCUACGCCAGCUUCAGCACCAGUCCCCCUGCCAGCCCUCCUCUCAGCCCCAAUCAGGAGGACUCUGCAGGCUCCAACGACGACUGUCAACUCACAGACGACGGGACGUACCAGCGAGAUCCACCCCCUCCUCCUCUUUGCUCUUCCUCCAGUUCAAGUCGUCUUGUGGAGGAAAACAGAAAAAGUCUCAUCCCAGAGGAGUUUGCCGGCCUUCUUCAUGGGUCCUCUCCAGCCUGUGAGCCCCCAGAUACGCCUUAUCACCUUUACAGCCCCAAACACUUUAAAUAUUCCUCUUCAGAAGUUCAGAGCAGCGUGCUGCAGACCCCUGACUUCAGCGUUGUGAUUGGCGGGGGAGCCUCACAGGGCUUAUCCAGAACUGAAAAAGAAUCGUCUCCUCAAAGGGCUGAAAAGCCACAGGUUGUUUAUCGGACCGUCUUCCACACCAGGGUCAACCAGGACCAAGGUCAGCACAAGAACUGUGAGCAGGAGGAUCUGCCUCACGGAUGGUCAACGCGUAGCCAUCCGUCCCCUCGUUCCUUGAGGCAAAACGGAGAAGUUCCAGACUUUCAGGGGAACCAGGCAGGAGCUGAGGCCAAGGAAGGUUACGAGGAGAGAGCGUGCACCCUGGGGAGGAUGAGGUCCGUCCCGCGCAGCGUGUUGGAUUUGCAGCUGUCAAAGUCCCUUUCCAAGUCGGAUUCAAACCUGGUGGCCGUGUCCCCCAUACAGGAGGAACACAGUUGGGGUUCUGGAUCACGGGGCCAGGGACCCGGAACCCCCGGCUCCCGAGAGGGUGUGAGCCCUGAAAAAAGACUGGAGCGAACCCCCUCCUUCACAGCUGAGUGGGAGGAGAUUGACAAGAUUAUGAGCUCUAUCGGCGCGGGGAUCGGCAGCGGAUUGGAUGUCAAAGAGGUUACCUCAGGUCCCCGCUGCCCGCUGCAGUCCGUUGGACAGUGGCUGGACUCCAUCGGUCUGGUCCAGUAUGAGAACCACCUGCUGGCCAAUGGAUUUGACAACGUUCAGUUCAUGGGAAGUAAUGUGGUUGAGGACCAAGACCUGCUGGAAAUUGGAAUCCUGAACUCUGCUCACAGACAGCGCCUCCUACAGGCCAUACGGCUGCUGCCCAGGGUGCGACCUGUGGGCUACGAUGGAAACAACCCCACAUCAGUGGCUGAGUGGCUGGAGUCUUUGGAGCUCGGCGAUUACACCAAGUCCUUCCUGGUCAACGGUUACACCUCCAUGGAACUGGUCAAGAAGAUCUGGGAGAUUGAGCUGAUUAAUGUGUUGAAGAUCAAUCUCAUUGGACACAGAAAGCGGAUAUUGGCAUCACUGGGGGAUCGGCUACACGACGACACGCCACAAAAACCUCCUCGGGCCAUCUCCUUACGGGAACCUGGAGGAAACCACACUCCUCCUCAGCUCAGUCCUUCGGUAGGCCAGGCAGCGUAUACGGCGGGGGUCCCCGGUGGAUCUCUGGACGUGCAGCACCUCAUUAUGCAGGCGGACGCACGGCGCAGGCAGCGCAGCACCGAGAACUACUUUGACGACGUGCCGCGAUCCAAGCUGGAGCGACAGAUGGCUCAAGUCAGCAUGGCUGGCGAAUGGUGUGAGCCGAUUACGUUGCGUCCGCCAAACGAGGCGACAUCCUCCACUCCUGUUCAGUACUGGCAGCAUCAUCCGGAGAAGCUCAUCUUUCAGUCCUGUGACUAUGAAGCUUACUAUCUGGGCUCCAUGUUGGUGAAGGAGCUGAGAGGGACGGAGUCGACGCAAGAUGCCUGCGCUAAAAUGAGGAAGUCUACGGAACAGAUGAAGAAAGUACCGACCAUCGUCCUCUCUGUGUCCUACAAAGGAGUGAAGUUCAUCGAUGCCACCAAUAAGAACAUCAUAGCAGAGCAUGAGAUUCGUAACAUCUCAUGUGCAGCUCAGGAUCCAGAGGAUCUGUCUACGUUUGCCUACAUCACCAAAGACCUCAAAUCCAGUCACCACUACUGCCAUGUCUUUACUGCUUUUGAUGUGAAUCUGGCCUAUGAGAUCAUCUUGACGCUUGGCCAGGCCUUUGAGGUGGCCUAUCAGUUAGCGCUGCAAGCCAGGAAGAGUGGCCAUGGAUCGGCGACGCUGCCGGAAAGCUUUGACAGCAAGCCGGGCAAGCCUGUGCCCAAACCCCGAGUCAACAUCCGCAAAUCAGUAAGCAUCCAUACGGCG